AUGAAUGCAAGCACGUACCAGGGCCAGUGGCAGCGCGGCUCACGGCACGGCUACGUGCGCACAUCAGCCGCGUUCGGCCCCGCCUCCACCUCCAAGAGCAAGGCGCACCACGGGUCGGCCUCGUCGCUCAAGUCGGACCCGCAGGCCGACCCCACCUCGGAGCACGACCGGCGCGUGAACGAGACGCGCGGCGGAUUCGUGCUGAGGGCGCGCUCGGACGAGCCGCCGCCACGGCGCGGCUCCAUGGUCGAGAAGAUCACCACACUGAGGAAGAACAUCCUGCAGCGCAGCACUGGGGACCUGGAGAAGCGAAACGCCGGCGGCAGCAUCCGCUCCACCAACAGCAGCGUCUCGUGGAUGAGCACCGACUCGACCAAGUCCCACAUCACCAACGGCAGCUACCACACCGAAUCGAACGCCAGCUUCGUCGUGGAGGACGAGCAGAUGGACAGUAACGUGACGGAGACGUACAUGGGGGAGUGGAAGAACGACCGACGCAUCGGCUACGGCGUGUGCGAGCGAUCAGACGGCCUCAAGUACGAGGGCGAGUGGUACAACAACAAGAAGUACGGCUACGGCGUCACCACCUUCCGCGACGACAAGGAGGAGGGCAAGUACAAGAACAACGUGCUGGUGACGUCCAACAAAAAGAAGCACCUGUUCCUAAUCCGCUCGGCCAAGUUCAGGGAGCGGAUUGAGGCGGCCGUGAGCGCCGCCAGUCGAGGGUCCAAGAUCGCCCUGCAGAAGGCCGACAUCGCCAUCAGCAGAACGGCGACGGCGCGCGGCAAGGCGGAGCAGGCUGACAUCGCCGCCCAGCAUGCGCGGGAGGACUCUGGCAUCGCGCGUGUGCACGCCAAACAAUUCGCGCCAGACUUCCUGCAGCCUGGCUCCGAGGGCUACAAAUCACGUCCGGACACCCGUGGCGGCAACCCCGAGCUCGCCGUGCCGCAGAUCCGGACUCAAAGCCCUCCGCGCGAGCUAACGGCGCCCGAGCCGUCCCCCGCCGCCCAACGGGCUACCGCCCGGCCUGGACGGGCCUGUGGCGACCGCGCCAGCGUGGACUACUUCCCGGCGGCGCUGACGCGCGCGGACAGCGCGAGCCGGGAGCCGGCCGGCGAGCGCGCGCCGGCGCGCCGCUCGCGCGCCAGCCUGCAGGGCGCCGCCGCCAUGAAUGACCGCUUCGACCACUACCGGCGUGCGCCCAGCCGCGAGGGCUCGGUGGAGCCGGCGGCGCGCGCGCGCCGCACCACGCCUCAGCCGCCCGAGUUGACGCUGGCGGCGCGGCCCGGCUGCCGUUCCGAUGCCCACUGCACGCCAGACUCCGGCGUCUUCGAGAGCGCCGACGAGCCGGCCGGCCGCGUCGCCAACGCCGCUGAUGCACCCCGCUUCUUCAUCCCCGAUACGCCCGAGCAGGCGGCGCAGAUGGCGGCACCGGCGGCGGCCGGCAUGAAGCGAACCGAGAGCAUGUUCAUGCCUGGGCCGCAGGGCCGCCGCGGUGGCACGCCGUCUCUGACGACCACCACGCUGCAGCGGAAGAAGUCGAUGCCGGACGCGGCGACGCUGCCGGUGAAGGCUCGCGUUAUGCCGCGGGAGGAGGCCAACUUCCUGGCCGCCAGCCAGCGGGACGCACUGCGCCGACAGGCCGAGGAGGCGGCCAUGUACCGCGCCAACCCGCUGCUCUACGUAUACAAUCCCAAAGUCAAGGAUUGGUUCUCCAGGCAGCGGCUGGUACUAGCCGUAAUCAUCAUCAACAUCUCAUUGGCGAUCCUGUUCUUGAAGCUCUUGACAUAGCAGUGGCCUUACAACCAGUGCUCGUGCUACAUUUGUACUUUGAAGCGCCGCCAGUCGAGCCGUGAUUGGCCGAGAGUGGGCCGCGUCUGCAACCCAGUGACCAAUCGGUGCCUUGACCCGCGUGCGGGAAAGCGACCUGUCUAGUGUCGACACCGACGCGAGUCAUCAGAGGAAGCGACGACCGAAUGCGAGAUAUUUUUCACCAGAGGCUCAACCGAGCCUCGGCCUCGUGCCUUGAACUCGUUUUUAAUUCGUAAAAUUAGUGUUUUUCUGCCUAGUGGGCGGUUGUGAAUAUUUCCCAUCGUGUUGUCACCGAAUCAAACCC